CACUCGAUUAUUUAUCUGUGUAGCUUAGUAAAUAAUUUACAUAAUUAAUUUCAUACAAAAGAAAUUUAUUAAUAUUAUUUACAAUUUAAUCUAUAGUUUAUUGCUUUGUUCUUCAUAUUCUUUUUUUAAAUGUUUUGUCAAUUCUUGUUGUUGUUGUAAAAUAUAAAUAUUUUCUGCUUUUCUUCGUUCCUGUCUUUCGAUAUCUCGAAUGACACCAAGGUGAACUUGCUCUCUAUAAAAAUGAUUUCCAGAUUAUUUCAUUUCUAACCUCUGAAAACAAAUUUUUUGUAUUUACCGAUCAUAAAAUUGUUUGAUGUGCACAUAAGAUAUAAUACCAAUAGAAGUAAUAAUUGAACCAAUUAAAACUGUUUUAGAAACACGUGACAUAAUAUAUUUUUAAAGUAAACUCAAAUUUUGAUUUACGUAUAUGAACUUUGUGUAUCACAUGAAGCGUAGUUUCAUUCGUAAGAAGCUAACUUCACGAUUUAUUAUUAGCGAUUUAUACAUUAUCAGUGUAUACACUAACGCAUAUUGUUUUAUGUAUCGACAAACAUAGAAAUGAAUUAAUUUAAUUAGUAUUAAAUUGUUUAUUGUUUUCAAUUAUAUCAGUGGAUAGGUGUUUAAUGAGUGAACUUUAAAUACUUAUAUUUUUAUCUUCAAUAAUUAUCAAAUAUCUGUGUAAUCUCAAUUUAAAUUAUUACGUAUAAAUUUUACUGCGUAUGGUGACUAUGUUUAUGGAAUUAAAUUAAUUAAUAUCUUCAAAGAACAAAGACACUAUAGAAGAACUAUCACGUUUUUAGACAGAGGAAAAUUUUUUACGAUACAUAUAUAUGAAUCCUUAUGAAUAACACUGGAGAACAGAAAAAUUUAACAGACAUUAAGCUCAGCAAAAAACUCGCUUAUUUACUCAGACAUGGGGCAAAAAAUUUCAAUCUUUCUAUAAACGCAGAUGGUUACGUGCCUAUUGCAGAAAUAAUUUCAAUAUUUAAAGAAUUUUCAGAAGAAAAUAUUGAAAGAAUCGUCAAAAAGGAUAGUAAAAAAAGAUAUUCUUUGAAAAUCGAAGAAGGAAUUUUAAAAAUAAAAGCAAAUCAAGGACAUUCUAUUGAUACUGUUAACCAGUUGAAUUUGAAACCAAUUGAUAAUCCGAAUUUUUCAAUAAUUCAUGGUACUUAUUUCGAAAAUUGGCAAUCAAUUAAAAAACAAGGAUUGUCUCGUAUGAAAAGAAACCAUAUUCAUUUUGCAAAAGAUUUGAAUACUAAGUGUGGAUUGAGACAAAAUGCACAAGUAUUCAUUUUCAUAAAUUAUAAGAAAGCUACAGAAGAUGGAAUAAAAUUUUUUGAAUCAGAGAAUGGCAUUAUUCUUAGCUCAGGUAAUGCAGAUGGGAUUAUUGAGCCAAAAUAUUUUUCAAAAGUUAUAGCAAAGAAUGGGAAUGAGCUCUUCUAAAAUUGUCAUUCUUCGAAUAUAAUCUGAAAAAAUUGAA